AGACAGGAUCACAGAUAUAAACUCGGAACCUGUUGUCCAGCAUCCAAUCCACAACCGGCCCAAAAGGACUCUGGACAUCAGGGGGGAGGGCGCACUGAUAUGAAUUGGAACUAUUUUGGUUCCUUCUGAGUUUCUACUGUUUUGGUGGUGUCGAUUCGAGUUGGUUCUGGGAGAUGCCGGUCCAGAUCCCGGACGACUCUGACUUCUCUUCUUUCAAAGACCAGUGUCUGAGCACGGAGGGAUGGAUCAGCCGCUACAACAAGGGAGGAGUGACGGUGUGGUGCCGGGAGGAGGAGAGCAAGACGGUUCAGAAAGUCAAGAUGAGGAUUGUGUGUAGGGACGUGAGUGCAGAGACGCUGUACGACGUCCUCCACGACACCAGCUACCGCAGGAAAUGGGACUCCAACAUGAUCGACACGUACGACAUCGGCAGGCUGACGGUCAACGCAGACGUGGGCUACUACUCCUGGAAAUGUCCGAGCCCUCUGAAGAACAGAGACUUUGUAACCAUGAGAUCCUGGCUCCCGCUUGGCAACGACUACCUGAUCAUCAACUACUCCGUAAAACACCCGCAACAUCCGCCAAAAAAGGAUUAUGUCCGCGCUGUGUCUCUGCUGACUGGAUACCUGAUUCAGUCCAACGGGCCGAGCAGCUCCACCCUCUACUACCUGACCCAGAUGGACCCCAGAGGCUCGUUGCCAAAGUGGGUGGUAAACCGAAUGUCUCAGCUCGUGGCUCCGAAGGCCAUGAGGAAGAUCUACAAAGCGUCUGUGAAGUAUCCGGAGUGGAAAAGAAAGCACAAUCCCAACCUGAAACCAUGGAUGUACCCAGAACAAAACACGUUGCCAUGCAUCAGCGUGUCGGAGCUGACGGUCCAAAGAGCCGACUCACUGGAGAACAUUGACGAGAGCGGCCUGAACGAGGAGAAGACGCACCACAGUGACGAUGAAGACACUUAAGUGCCUGAAAGGCUUCUGUUUCUUCUGCUGUUUGCUUGUCAGGUUGUUUGAAACUGAUCCACAGAUCAGAACUUUGGACUGAUCAGACCUGGAUCAGACUUCAGCUGAACAGGACUGGGUUCUAUUAUUAGAACAGGUAUUAUUUAACCCUGUUGUGCUGUCUGAGUGCUUUACCUCACCUUCAGCCUGGUGUAGACAGGGAACCACACAUCUGCUUCAGGAUCCUGAUUAAAGGUUCUACAUCUA